GUCUGCGCCCGCAGUAUGGCUACAGAGGAAGUUGUCGCGGGGGGGAAAGCCGCGGCCAAGCCCCGGCGGCCGAGCCAGUACUUCAUUUGCUCGUUCCCAGAUUGCGACGCCACCUUCAACAAGGCCUGGAAGUUGGACGCGCACCUGUGCCGGCACACGGGAGAGCGACCCUUUGUUUGUGAAUAUGAAGGCUGUGGUAAAGGUUUCACUAGAAGUUUCCAUCUUAAGCGCCAUUUUCUUACUCACACUGGGGAAAAGCAAUAUGUGUGCACAGCAGAUGGCUGCAAUAAAAAAUUCACAACUAAAUCAAACUUGAACAAGCAUGUUGGACGCAUGCAUCAACAGAGAAGAUACGUAUGUGACUUUGAAAAAUGUGGAAAAUCUUUUAAAAAGCACCAGCAGUUAAAAAUUCAUCAGUCCCAACAUACCGGUGAACCACGCUUCAAAUGUAGUCAUGAAGGAUGUGGAAAGCAUUUUUCUAGCCCAAGCCGUCUAAAGCGUCAUGAGAAGAUUCAUGAAGGCUAUGCAUGCAGAAAGGAUGACUGUUCAUUUGUCGGAAAAACCUGGUCAGAGCUUCUGAAACAUAGGAAGCAGAGUCACGCAGAACCGCUCAUCUGUAACGUGUGUUCCAAAAAAUUUAGCUGCAAAGGGUACCUCAAAUCCCACCUGAAAAUUCAUGCUCCCAACAGAGAGAUACUUAAAUGCCCAAGGGAGGGCUGUGAAAGAACAUACACAACAGUAUUCAAUCUUCAGAGCCACAUUAUCUCAUUUCACGAGGCAAAAAGACCAUUCAUGUGUGAGCACCCUGGCUGUGGAAGAGUCUUUGCAAUCAAGCAGAGUCUUGUAAGGCAUGCUGCUGUGCAUGAUCCUAAGAGGAGAAAGCUGAUCUCUGAAGUUAAAAAACCACGUCCUAAGAGGAGUCUGGCUUCUCGCCUCAGUGGAUUCAUUCCACCUAAAGCACCAGGAAGAAAUGUCUUGCCAGUGGGUGAAACUCCUACCCUGCCUGCAAUGGAAAGCACACUGCCAACAGUGGAAACACUAACCCUUGCCUAGUUGCACAGGACC